AUGAUGACCAUGUCGAGCGUCGGAGGAACAGGCAACAAACUUACAAAAGUAACCAUCAUUCUUGCUGGAGUCGCCUCACUCGCUGCGACACUGAUUUCGCUCUUGUAUGUGCCUCUUUACUACUCCAAUACUUGGGACUGGCUUCUGAUAGACUCGCGUCGCAGUUCGAUAUGGCUUCAAGCAAAGAAUUACAGGAAACCGCUGCUCCAGCGAUAUGUGAUUCGCAUCCUCCUCAUGGUACCUAUCUAUUCGGCCGCCUCGUGGGCCUCUAUCGUGUCGCUGAAAGCCGCAUUCUACCUCGACCCCCUUCGAGACAUAUAUGAAGCAUUCACAAUAUACACUUUCCUCCAACUGCUCGUCAACUUCCUCGGCGGCGAACGCUCGCUGAUUAUCAUGAUGCACGGAAGACCACCAGUAUCGCACCCAUGGCCGAUCAGCCUAUACUUUUCCAAAGUCGACAUCUCGGACCCGCACACGUUCCUGGCGAUCAAGAGAGGCAUUCUCCAAUACACAUGGCUCAAACCCAUACUGAGUCUGGCUACGAUCAUCCUGAAGCUCACAGAUACGUACCAAGAAGGAUACAUCGGGUUGACGUCGGGGUAUCUGUGGGUAGGCAUUGUGUACAAUGUCAGCGUGACAGUGAGCCUGUAUUCGUUGGCCAUGUUCUGGGUUUGCAUGCACGAAGACCUGAAGCCCUUCCGACCUAUGCCGAAGUUUCUGUGCAUCAAGCUCAUCAUCUUCGCCUCAUACUGGCAGGGCUUUUUCCUGUCCAUUCUACAAUUCCUAGGCGCUAUUCCCAGCGAUGUGCCAGGAUAUACUGCAGACAACCUGGCAGCCGCUAUCCAGGAUGCAUUGAUAUGUUUUGAAAUGCCCAUCUUUGCAGUGUCGCAUUGGUAUGCCUUCUCAUGGCACGACUAUGCCGACGUGACGAUCUCGGCGGCUCGUAUGCCUGUCAAAUACGCCUUGCGCGAUGCAUUCGGCAUACGGGAUCUGAUCGAAGAUACAAAGGAGACAUUCCGCGGCAAACAAUACGAUUACCGAACCUUUGACUCCGGUGACAACGUCAUUGCGCAUGAGGAAUCGCGAUCUCGGGUAGCCAGGAUGAUGGACGGGAUGAGGUAUGAAAGAGGAGGUAAAGGCAAGUACUGGAUACCGAAGCCGCAAGCGGUCAACAGUCGAACACCAUUACUCUCCAAGGAUGCCGCUUCUAGGCCUCCCGCCCCGGAGGCCAGAGGACAAGCUCACGAUUACCGAGCAACCGAACCGGAUUGGGAGAUCGGGAUCGACCCAGAAGACGAGCGACUGUACAACAAUGCUCGAACGCUAGAAUUCGGUGAUUGGAAUUAUCCAGUCAUUACUGCGCAUGAAGCUCGGCGAGAAGAUUGGCUGAAUCGUGACCCCAAUCUCCUCACAACCUCUACAAACCGUAACCUCUUCCAACCCACCCGCGACCACCGAACCCGCCGCCGCAGUGAGAUCCGCCAUAACAUCCGCAAAGGCAAGCACAGGAGCACGUCUCGCUCUUCUUCCCAUGCUAGCUCAUCCGACCAACAACCCCCUGCCGCCCAGACCGCGAUUGAACGCAAGCUCAAACGCGACCAUUCAACCGGCGCUGCCUCUGGGAAAUCCGACUCGAGUCAACUCGUCGACCUGAUCGUCGAAGACACCGAGGCCGAAGAAGCCGAACGCGUGCGCGCCCGAAAGGAAGGCGGCGACGCAUGGAACCGCAGCGACCACCGCCAUUUCGUGCGUACCUAUAGUAUUGACGACGAAGCCCAUGAGGGGCAAGAGAUCAAGGAGGGCUGGGAUCCCUCCGAUAUUCCUGCAAAACCCCCGCCACCUGAACAUGCUACCAGCGACGACGAGGAGAAUUAUGAUGAAGAUGAUGGUAACAGAAGAAAUGCUGGUGCACAUCGGAAGCACGCAGAUCAGCAGCCUGAGGGUUCCGACCAAAAUGGUGUCACAGGGAGAUACGGCAGUUUGAUUGAGGAAGACAACGUCUGGAGUCAGGGCUGA